AUGGAUGUUGCGCAUUUGGUGUUUGGCAUAUUUGGAAAUGCUUCCGCUCUGUUCCUCUUCUUGGCUCCAGUGAUCACAUUCAAGAGGAUUAUAAUCAACAAAUCCACAGAGAAAUUCUCGGGUAUUCCAUACGUUAUGACACUGCUCAAUUGUCUCCUUUCUGCUUGGUAUGGUCUACCUUUUGUGUCUCCCCACAACAUAUUAGUAUCAGCAGUGAAUGGCGCCGGAGCAGUGAUUGAAACCAUAUACGUUUUGAUCUUCAUCAUAUUGGCACCCAAGAAGGAAAAGGGUAGAAUUCUUGGGCUCUUCACCUUCGUGCUCUCAGUGUUCUCUGCUGUUGUUUUUGUGUCCCUUUUUGCUCUGCAUGACAAUUCCAGGAAGCUUUUUUGUGGCUUCGCUGCUGCCAUAUUUUCUAUAAUCAUGUAUGGUUCGCCACUCUCAAUUAUGAGACUAGUGAUAAGAACUAAGAGUGUGGAGUUCAUGCCCUUCUUCUUAUCGUUGUUUGUGCUUCUCUGUGGCACUUCCUGGUUUAUCUUCGGUGUGCUAGGCCGUGACCUAUUUGUUGCUGUACCUAAUGGUGUUGGUUCUGCUUUGGGUGCAAUGCAACUAAUAUUGUAUUUCAUAUACCGUAACAAGAAAGGUGUUCCAAUGAAGCAGGCCUCAACAGAGGAGGAAUCUAUGGAGAUGGGAGAUACAAAACCUUACCAAGAGAAACAACCUAAUGGAACUCAAGGAUGA